AGAACUACCCAACGGAAGGAUCAUUGGAUCUGCCCAGUGCUAGCCCACAACUUCCCCUCUCCUAAUCUUGCCUGGGGGAGGGGAGGAAGGAGCUGCUGCUGAAGACCUUUCCAAACUCUGGGGUGGGGGAUGGAGAAGGGGCAGCUGCUCCUUUUCACUUCCCCCAGUGCCUAUGGAGUUGACCCUUAAGUCCAGCCCCACUUCCCUCCCCGGGCCCCAUGAAUUUUCACAGAAGGGAACAGGAAAGCCCAGAGACAGUAAGUGACUUGUGCACACACAGGGAUCUGAUGGGGAGCCAGGGUGGGAAUCUAGUUUAUUUAUUUCACUGCCACCGGGAUGGAUUUUCAGCGCCUUCUGGGCUGGGCACUAGGGCUCCAGAGCCCGACCCGAAGCCCGGUCCCUGCCCUCGUGCAGCUUCCGUUCUACCGGUGGAUCCCACAUUUAAACUGAUAAGCGAUUACCGAACAAAAAUCUAAGGAAAGAGCAUUCAUAAAUAAUUAAUGGCAUCAGGUCAGGUUUCCUGUAAAAAGCGGCUCAACCUUGAAGCAAACUCGGGAUUCUGGGGCCCAGGUGAGGAGGGAGUGGAUUCCAGGAACAGGGAUGCGGGUGGAAAAUCUGGGAGGUGGGAGGCGGAAUGUGCUUCUCUGCAAAUGGGCCAGAUUGGCUAGAAGGCAAAACGCGUGCAAGGUGGGAGAGGUCUGGAGAGGUAGCUUAAUCCAGAAGGGGAGAUCCGACCUUCUGUCCCUUGGGGAUCUUCUUGGGAAGCCUCGGGACGAUCGCCACCUCCCCUCCCCACCCCCUGCUGCCAGGAACCCCUGGGCCAUAUCCCCCCCACUGCCAAAGAAAUUUCAGGUGAAGGCCAGGGCCCAAAGCAGGCAGGUUCCGGACCCGUGUAUGGGGUGUAGUCUGAGCUCUGUUAAGCCCAAAACUGGAAUAUGCCGGGGCCUGGAGCACAAGGAAGGAAACAGGGCUUUCAUGUAAAUAAGCACACAGAGACCCCAGGCAGCCCAGCUCCCACUGCCUUUAUCUUUGCCUCUCUCUUCCUGAUCUCAUCUCAAAUGGAGGGGGUGGCAGAAAGGCACAUGAAGGAGGAGCUUUAUUAGAAAAAAAAAAUCCGCUUUGGGUCCCAGCCCCCGUGUGUGUGAGUGAGAGAGAGAGAGAGAGAGAGAGAGAGUGAGCAGCUAGAGAGCUCCAGCUCGAGAGCUGGCAAGGGAAGGAGAAUGCCGUCCACGGGAGUUGGAGCUCAGGGCCGGAGAGGGAGAGGCCAAGACUGUGGGUCUGUUCCCUGCGACAACCUGUUUGCUCGCUCCCUCGAUUGCCGGGCUUAGCUCUGGGGCCCGGGACCACACCCCUCACCCCGUCCGGCUCUCGAGUAAAACGUCCAUAUCCGAGUUCAUUGAUCACCAGCUAGAGUCUGCUAUAGCUGCUAGUUGAUGGAUGUUGUUGACUGGUGGGUUCAUCCGUAUAGACGCACGGGGUCUCUCCAGCCAGCUGAGCCCCGCCCAGCAUGCUGCCCUGACUCCAGGGCCCAUUUUCAUACAGCUCGGAGUUUUCCUGUGUGACUCUCUCAGCCCAGAAGAUCUGAAGGCCCAGGAGGUCCCCUUCUCACUGGCUUCGGAAGGAGCCAGCAUGGCCACUGCUGUACAGAGCAGUGAACUGGUAUUUGAGUUUGCCAACGGCGGGAUGGAGGAAAUCCAGCAGCUGGACGAUCCCUCCGUGUUUCCAGCGGUGAUUGUGGAGCAGCUGCCUUGCCCAGAGCUACUCCACCUCUACUCUGGGCUGGACCGGGAUGAAGUUCCCAAUGGCAUCAUGGCGGACCGGGACCUGGGGGUGGACGAAGGGCAGAUGCUGGAGGGAGGCCUUGUGGUGUCAGACGAGAACAACCAGACCGUGAUGGCCAGCGAGGUCCUGCUGGACGUGGAGGCCCCCAAUAACAUCCUGGAUGAAAGCCGCAUGUUCAGUAGCUCCGGGCUAUUCACCGAGCAGGACUCUGCAGGAGCCUUUACCAACUGUGUGCUUUCUACCUCCUCCGGAGCAGACAUCCCGACCGAUGGAAGCGUGACUGCCAAGGGAUUCUCCGUGCUGGAGGAAAGCUCCAUGGACAAAGGCCUUGGGAGGCCUAUGCCAGUGAGGUCAAAGAAGAAAGCCCAGAAGACGAAAGCAUCCCGCUGUGCCUCCCCGGUCAGCGAGCCCAACUUUCCCAUCCGGAAGAAAUCUAAGGAUGGCAAAGGGAACACCAUCUACCUUUGGGAGUUCUUGCUGGCUCUGCUUCAGGACAAGAACACCUGCCCCAAGUACAUCAAGUGGACCCAGCGGGAGAAGGGCAUCUUCAAGCUCGUGGACUCGAAGGCCGUGUCGAAGCUGUGGGGGAAGCAGAAGAACAAGCCGGACAUGAACUACGAGACCAUGGGUCGAGCUCUGAGGUAUUAUUAUCAGAGGGGCAUCCUCUCCAAGGUAGAAGGGCAGAGACUGGUAUACCAAUUCAAGGAGAUGCCCAAAGACCUGGUGAUAAUCGAAGACGAAGAGGGAGAGGAGGCCGGUGCUGAACUCCAACAGGCCCCACCUCCACGUCGAGCUGCUAAGGGUUCCACCCGACCUUCCACUCAGCAGAAGAAGGAUCCCUCCGGGGAGGUUCUGCAAACAGGCUUGCAGGGGGCAUUGAACCUGCAGGCUCUGACCAAGGAGAGCUCAGCUGCCGCCGCUGUCGCCACCACUGCAGGGACCCCUCCCGCUGAGGUUCGGGGAGCUCUGGCUCACACAGUCAGUGCAUCUUUGGUUUCUAACCACGGCGGCGCAUCUACAGCGGGAGCCGGCGCAGGCCUGGGAGCCCUGACCCUUCAGACCAUCCCGCUGGCCACGGUGCUGGCCGGCGGCUCCUCGACCACCUCGGCCACCUCGCCCCAAAUCGUUCUCCAGGGAGUCCCUUCGACCUCGGCCUUCAAGGACAUCGUCACCCUGCAGGCCACCUUCCCUCUGGGGUCUAGCUUCCCGGAGGGCUCCACCGCAGCAGGGCGUCCCUUCGUCCUCAGCGGCCUGUCGUCGGCAGCGCUCGGGCCCGCGUCCAGGCCCCCGGGGACCCUGGUUGCUACCAUCAUUAGGACUCCGGGAGUGAAGGAGGCUCUCUCCGGGUCCUCUUCCUACCUGCAGCCUCAGCCGCUUCAAGUGCAGGGGCUCCUGGGUAACUCCCAGGCCCAGGAAGCCCCGGCGAUCCCCAGCAGCUGCCCUUCUGUCGGCCUGACCCCCGUGGCUGAACUGGAACUUGCCACCAGCCCAGGGGCCCUGCUGGUAGCCGAGCCCAACCUGACCCAGUCGGCGGUGGUGCUAGCCGAAGGCCUGGGCCCUUUCCAGGAGCCCAGGACUGGAGCUGAGGGAGGUAAGGGAGAAGGGGAGCUCUGAAGAGAGGGAUUUCUGGCCCUCUUUGGACAAGGACUCCUCAAGGGAGCUUCACCUACCAGUCAAGUGCCAGGGCCAUCUUUAGGUGAAUCUCUUUCAGCUACCAUCUUGAAUGAAACUCUUCCCUCCCAUCUCCCAGUGCUUGCUUUGGCAUCACCCGGGGGAACAUGGCAGAGAGUCAGGGGUGCCACCACGGGGUGGGAGAGAGUUCUCCACCAUCAGCCUUAUUGUUCAUGCCCAAGCCCCGCCCCCCCGACCCUCUGCAUUAAAGAACCCGCCGUUUGACCUUGCUGCAUCUAGGAGAGGCCCGGCCAGUUUGGCCAACCGGGGCCUGCCUAGAAGCAGCAAGGGGCAGUGGCUUUGAAUCCCUGCUCUGCCGCUCCCUAACUCUGUGACCUUGAACAAGGCCCUCACCUUACUGAGCCUCAGUUUCCCUACCUUUAAAAUAAGGGGUUGGACUAGAUCACUUCCGAGACCCUCUCUGAUAAUAGAGAGCCUCCGAUCUUCAUGCCGGCGAGAAGCCAACGAAACUCGUCACCGGCCCUCUGCCAUUUUUGACCACGAUCAGUCGGGCAUCCCUGGCCUCGGGGACAUUGAGACACGCACCUUCGGAGGAAGAUGCCCUGAGCCGGGGUGCCCCCCCCCAAAAGCCCCCUCCGAGGCUGGGCAGUGCUAACUUUUGGGUGCUGUUUCCGUUGCCCUGACUAGACUGUGAGCUCUUAGGGGAGGGUGGAGGCGGGUAGCGAAGGGUGUCCGGGUCCGUCACCGUGGCCAGUCGUCGGGGAGUCCGCCCGACUCGCAGCCGAGCGAGCUCGCCCGAAUCAGUUUCUCCAUUGCCGUUCCCUGCACUGAGGGACGCCCCCCGGGCGGCUCGGGGGCUCUGUUCGUGGGUGCUCGUGUGUCUGUGUCCCCACCCACACGUGUACACGGAGGUGCUCGAGUUUGUCGAAACCAGCAUGGCCCUGGUAGCCAAAGCCCUGAGGUGGGAAUCCCAAUCCAGGCUCUCCCACUUCCUCUGUGAUCCUGGGCCAGUCACUGCCCUUUCUUGGGCUUCAGUUUCCCCCAUGAAGUGGAGGAAAUAACACUUACACUACCUACCUCCCAGAGGUGUUUUGUAAGGAGAGCCCUUUGAACACUCAUGAAGGGCUCUGGAAAUGAGUUAGGACACCUGAGCUGGGAUUCCUCUCCGGGGACCCCGAGCUCACGGGCCGGGAACAUUCCCAUCCUGGGUCCGUCGUUCAGGAACUCCUUCCCAAGCUUUUGGGAAGCGUCUUCCAUCUUAAGACGGAAUGACUUUUCUGGCGAUCGGUGCUGUCCGAGGUCUCCCACCGUGGGAGAGGAUAGCUUUGGACUCGAUUCAAACCUGUCUCGGCCAGGCCGAAGAAGGCCGGACAGGGCCCUGGCCCUCCGGGGUCCCGUGAACGAGUCGGUGCUCGUUUCCCUCGGUCCCUUCUCGAUUGUAUAUGUUCUUUGGGUGCCCCCUCCCCACCAGUUUGCCUCUCUAGGCUUGAGGCCUCCUCUUCUUGGCUUGGUUUCCUGCAGCCAGCCCUCUCCUCUCAGCACCGUGGAGGAGCUGGGAGAAGGAAGGGAGGCAGAUAGGAGCCGUCCCGGGACCUCCUGGGCGGAGGAACCUCGCUAGGUGGGGAAGAAGGGAAUAGUCAUUUUCCCAUCAGCCUGCAGAGAUGGCAGGCCCUGCCCCUGGGGGGGCCAUGGAAGUGCCCACACCCCUGCAGCCCGAAUAGAUCUAGCCAUAGAAUCAAAAGAUUUAGACCUGGGAGAGAUCUUAGGGACAUUGGCUCCCCACCUCCUCACUGAGGCUGAAACCGGGACUUUGAACCCAUAUCCCUGGGGGGACUCCCGGCCCUGGACUCCCCAGCCCCCUCCCUGAUUGGUCAGACAGCCCGAGGGGCCUUACAGCCGGGUCUGCUAGAACCUAGGUCUCUCCCUGUCAUUUUCCAACAUCCCGGUGCUUGGCCCGUUGCUCCAUUGAGGAGUCCUUGAGCGCCUGUUGCGUACCGGGUGCCGUGAGCCGCCGGGAAAGCAGACCAAAAACAACCCCUGGGUUCUUGAAGGAAAUGUUGAAAGAAGUAAAAACUGUGAACAAAGUAGAGACGGCAAUUGGAAGGGGAUGGGGCUAGCAAGUGAGGGAACUGGGAAAGGCCUCUUAGAAAAGAGGUUAGAGAUCUUAAACGAGCGAGAGCAAUCCAGGCUCACAUACGGAGAGCAGGUCUGCGUAGGGUCUGUGUUGAGUGAGAGCUUCUGGAGGCCCAUCAGAACAUCCCCAGAGGCUAAACUGAGUGUGUCUGUGCCCAGGGCCCGAGAUUGUCACACAAACUCCGCCCGAGUCAGAGAUAGCAUAGAGACCGCCCCCUCUGGUGCUUUUGAGCUAGCUUUCAGUGUCGGGGACUCUUCCCCACUGUUGCGGGGACCCCAGGGAACCGUGCUCGCUCUCUGCCUGAUAGCCCGAGUGGUGACUCACAUAAAGGGAUAGAUUUUGGUGCUUAUUAAGUCUGCAGAUGACACCUGACAUGAAGAUUAAAAACCUAACUCGCAUGAAACGCAAAGUCGGGUUCCCCGUUCUAGAUGAGAGAAGGUUGGUCAGCCCUUUGUCUGAAAGUGAUGGGGGCUGAAUGCACGGCGGCCUCCAGGGGAGUCGAUGUGGCGGUUGAAGGGGCGAGAAGCCCAGGGUCUAGGCUUAGGGAAUGACCCUCCCCUUUGGCUGCAGCCCGGCCCCCAUCGGGUCCGGGGCCUGCUUGGAAGGAGGGUGUCCGGACAGAAGUGACCAGGGGAGUUGAGGGCCCCGAGAUGGGAGGGUAGGAGGAAGGCAUCGGGAACACGGGGAAAUGGCAUGCUCACUACCACUCAGUGCUGCAGCAGUUCGAAGCUGAAUAUCAGAAGCAGCUUUCUAACUUAGAACUGGGCAGACUCGAGAGCUCUCUAACGCUCCCUCCCCAUCACCCACACUAGCUAGAAAUGAUUUUGUGUUAUUGGCUCUUAAUGGCGUGAUUGGCCAUUAAGCAAUGGCAGCCGAGUUUCCUUCCGGUCGGACACAUGGGCUGGUCCUGGGCCUCCCUGUCUCCACGGCAAGAACGGUGGACCUGGGCAGUCACUCCUUUUCUCUCUCUGAGCCUGAGUUUCCUCUGGGUAAAAUAAAAUGGUCUUUAAGCUCCUUUCCAACUCUCUCUAAAUCUGAGGAAUUCUAAGUUUUUGAAAUCAAAUUGAAUGAGAAGCAGAACCACAAAAAAAGGAAAUACACGACGACUGCGAUUGUGUCAAAGACGAGAACACUAAAGCUGCAUGUGUAAUUGUAGGAUCCAUCUGUACCCUUCUGGGGAGGAUGAGGCGACGCGCGGGCCCUUUUCCUUGAAGAGGUGGGGACUCCGGGUGUGGAACGGUGGGGACGCGUCAGAAGUGGUUGCUGUGUCGUUUGGUUUUGCUUACCUGUUUUCAUUGUUACAAGGGAAGGCUUGCGGGGUGGGGACAGGGGUGGGGGUGAUAUAGCUGCAAAUGACUAAGAUGUAAAAACAAAAGGCAUCAAUAAAAGUUGAGGAAAAAAGCGAGAUGUGGCCUCGGAUGGGU